GCGUGGGGGGAGGGCCGAGCGGGGCCGGCGGGGCCGGGAGGGGAGGUUUGAGCCACACUGAGCUCAGGGUUCGCCGGCGGCGGCGGGGCUGGGGGUGGCGAGGGGAAGGCGACACUCGCUCGGCGCCGCCGCCUUCGUGCAGAGCGACCGGGAGGGUUUUGCAGCGGCCGCCGCCGCCGCGGCGGGAAGAGGGGGGGAGGUGGCUUCGGAGUUGUCCGGAGAAGGUGGGCAUUUCUCGGCUUUCCCACCCCCUCCCCUAGCCUCCCCCCUCCCCUGGUCUUCCCCUCCCUCCUGCCCCGCACCCCACGUGAAGCGGAAUAUAAAGGGGGGUGUGAGGCUAGAGGGGAAAGUGAAUGGCGAAGGACUGAAGGGGUCCCCCCUUCGGGUCCCCGGCUGUUCUGUUCACCCUCGUUCAUCCUCCCUUCCCGAAGCUCGCCCUCGAAGGCAGAAGCGGCCAGCGCCUUCGGCUGAGAAGGAGGAGGAGGAGGAAUCGCGCCGGGCGGAGCGUCAGGUCCCGUUUUCCUCCUCGGCGUCUUGAAUACAAAGAUUACGGUGCCGAAGGAAAUUGCACUCGCCUCCUCCGCCCCCCGGUACCCAGCACAAUGCACCAGCCGCCCGAGUCCACCGCCGCCGCGGCCGCGGCCUCGGCCGCUGCAGACAUUAGUGCUAGGAAGAUGGCGCACCCGGCAGUGUUCCCUCGAAGGGGCAGUGGUGGCAGCGCCUCUGCUCUCAAUGCAGCAGGUACCGGCGUUGGUAGUAGUGCCCCAUCUUCCGAGGAUUUUCCGCCUCCGUCGCUGCUCCAGCCGCCACCUCCUGCAGCAUCUUCUCUGUCGGGACCACAGCCUCCGCCUCCACAAAGCCUGAACCUCCUUUCGCAGGCUCAGCUGCAGGCACAGCCUCUUGCGCCAGGCGGAACUCAAAUGAAAAAGAAAAGUGGCUUCCAGAUAACGAGCGUGACCCCGGCUCAGAUCUCCGCUAGCAUCAGCUCUAACAACAGCAUCGCAGAGGACACCGAAAGCUACGAUGAUCUGGAUGAAUCUCACACAGAAGAUCUGUCGUCUUCCGAGAUCCUUGAUGUGUCACUUUCCAGGGCUACCGACUUAGGGGAGCCUGAACGCAGCUCCUCAGAAGAAACUCUCAAUAACUUCCAGGAAGCCGAGACACCUGGGGCAGUCUCUCCCAACCAGCCCCCCCUUCCUCAGCCUCAUUUGCCUCACCUUCCACAACAGAAUGUUGUAAUCAAUGGGAAUGCUCAUCCCCACUCCCUCCAUCACCACCCUCACGUUCAUCAUGGGCACCACCUCCAUCACGGGCACCACCAUCCAUCCCAUGCCGGUGUGGCCAGUACACCCAUUCCGGGAGGGCCGCCUGCAAGCCCGGUGUCCAGAAAACUGUCUACAACUGGAAGCUCUGACACCGUUAUGCCAGUUGCACCAACUUCUGCCGUAUCAUCGAGUGGCUCACCUGCAUCUGUAAUGACUAGUAUCCGUGCUCCGAGUACAAGCGGCAGUAUAGGUAUAAAUUCUGUUACAGGCACUAAUACGAUGAAUAAUGUUAACAUUACGGCUGUGGGCGGUUUUAAUCCUAAUGUGACCAGCAGCAUGCUUGCUAAUGCUAAUUUAAGUGCGAGCAACAUUCCCAGUGCUGCCGGUGUGAGCGUUGGGCCUGGAGUGAGCAGCGGUGUUAACGUGACUGUCUUGAGCGGCCUGGGCAACGGUACGAUUUCGUCCUCCGCUCUCAUUAACAGCACUGCCAGUGCAGCUGCAGGGAUGACUGUAGGAUCAGUUUCAAGUCAGCAGCAACAGCCAACAGUUAACACGUCCAGGUUCAGAGUUGUGAAGUUAGAUUCGAGUUCUGAGCCCUUCAAAAAAGGUAGAUGGACUUGCACCGAGUUCUAUGAGAAAGAAAACGCUGCCCCCGCCGCCGAAGGGGUGGUGAUAAAUAAAGCAGUGGAAAGCGUAAAACAAAACCCGACAGAAGUGACUUCUGAGAGGGAGAGCACAAGCGGGAGCUCAGUGAGCAGCAGUGUCAGCACGCUGAGCCACUACACGGAGAGUGUGGGAAGCGGAGAGAUGGGGGCCCCAGCUGCCGUGGUGCAGCAGCCGCCCGCUCUUCCAGGUGUCGCCCUCCCGCAGAUGGACUUCAGUAGCGCUGCUCCGGCGGGCAUUUCAGCAGUUAGUAUGCCACAGAGUAUUUCUCAGUCACAGAUCUCGCAAGUGCAGUUGCAGUCUCAAGAACUGAGCUAUCAGCAGAAGCAGGGUCUUCAACCAGUACCUCUGCAAGCCGCUCUCAGUGCUGCAGCUGGUAUCCAGCCAUCACCUGUGAGCGUGGUGGGUGUAACUUCAGCUCUAGGUCAGCAGCCUUCCGUUUCCAGCCUGGCUCAGCCCCAACUGCCGUAUUCUCAGGCGGCCCCUCCGGCGCAAGCACCCCUGCCAGGCACAUCACCCCAGCAGUUACACUAUGGACAGCAGCCGUCGGUGGCCCCAAGCCAUGGCCCGUCAGUGACUCCGAAUGCUACUUCCGAGUAUGUUCAGCAGCAGCCGAUUCUGCAAACGGCAGUGUCCUCUGGACAGCCCACCUCUGCGGGGGUGGGAGCAGGAACCUCGGGGAUUCCUGUGGCUCAGCCACAGGGCAUCCAGCUGCCAGUGCAGCCCGCCGCAGUCCAGGCGCAGCCCGCAGGGGCAGCUGGCCAACCCGCUGGCCAGGCGCAGACGGCAGUAUCUGCUGUACCUCCUGGCAGUCAAAUUGCAAAUAUUGGUCAACAGACAAACCUACCUACGGCAGCGCAGCAGCCCUCUACCCAAGUCACACCUUCAGUUAUCCCGCAAGGUGCUCCUCCGUCUUCACAGGUAGUUCCACCCGCUCAGGCUGCGAUUCUUCAUCAGGGAGUUCAAGCUAGUGCUUCAAGCCUUCCUCAACAGUUGGUCAUUGCACCCCAGAGUACCUUGUUAACUGUGCCUCCCCAGCCGCAAGGAGUAGAGUCAGUAGCUCCAGGAGUUGUUUCGCAGCAGUUGCCUGCAGUUAGUCCUUUGCCCUCUGCUAGCAGUAUUUCUGUUACGAAUCAGGUUAGUUCAGCUGGGCCUUCUGGAAUGCCUUCUGUCCCAACAAACUUGGUUCCAUCACAGAAUAUAGCACAAGCCCCUGCCACUCAAAAUGGUAAUUUGGUUCAAAGUGUUAGUCAGCCUCCCUUGAUGGCAGCACCUAAUAUAAAUUUGCCUUUGGCGCAGCAGAUACCAAGUUCUACUCAGUUCUCUGCACAAUCAUUAGCUCAGGCAAUUGGAAGCCAAAUUGAAGAUGCCAGGCGCCCAGCGGAACCCUCCUUAGUUGGCUUACCUCAGACUAUCAGUGGUGACAGUGGGGGCAUGUCGGCAGUUUGCGAUGGGAGUAGCAGCAGCCUAGGAGCCUCUGCUUCUCUUUUCCCGUUGAAGGUGCUACCGCUGACGACACCCCUGGUGGAUGGCGAGGAUGAGAGCUCUCUAUUUCAGUGCUUCUCUCCUACCAGAGGUGCAAGGAGUGAUCCUAGAACCACAGAUACAGCCAAGACCACGGAGAGCUUUUGACGUCAGGGGUCCACUUUCUCCACUGAACCCUUGGAGGCAGAAUAUCCAGCUUCUGGAGAGAGUUGGGAAAGGAUAAUAAACAAGUGGGUGCUUUCCAUUAUUUACUUGGGUUUAUUUAUAGAUUGGAGUGUCCUUCCAUUGCCCAUUUAAUUCUACUGUUAAACUCCUUGGGUUCAUAUAAGAACCAAGUGGGGCUGCAAUCUGUUUGUUUUUCUAAGAAUGCUAACUAGUGCCCGUUCAGAAAAGAGACCUAAAAUUUAUUUUAAUUUUCUCUCCAGAUAAUUAAAGCAGUGGGUGAUUUGGGGGCACUUGAUUUGGUGAAUGCCUGUGUAGUCCACAGGAAUUUUUUAAAGGAAAUAUUUGCCCAUUUUAGCCUUUACUGGUAUUAGUGGACUUCUAAGUGCUCUUUUAUAUUCCAGUAUUUAAGAAGUUUCUUUAUUUCGUCUUUGGGCAAGCUGGGCAUCUGAAUUCUCCUAAUUUACACAGUCUGAUGUCCAGGUGUUAUCCUACCGUGUUAGUGAGAACUUUUUGGUCUUUUUCCUACCUCAAACUUUAGGACUUCAAAUUAAGUAGAUCUUUAAACAAGAUGCAAUGAUAGUACCAUUAUGGUUUUACUGUCAAGUCUAGGCUUCAUUCUUUAAUAAGAUACAUAUGAAUGAAUAUGAGUUUCAGGAUAUAACAAGGCAAACGAGCCUUUUCCUAGAUUUUCCCCAUGGCAUUAAGAUGGUUUUCUCUUAGUUUCUUUGAUGCCAAGGGUAGGAUUUGAUUCCAGGAAGUUCUUAUCACCUACAGUGGGUAGAACGUGAAGUUGGUGCCUUUGGCAGGUUUUCAUUUCUCCUUGGUGGAUCCCUUCUGUGACUCCAGGUAUCUUGAUAAUGGGAGACCGGUUUAUUUGUUCUCUAAUUGCCCAGAUUUCUUUCAACUGGUAAACAUCAUACUUCAGCAAAAGGAACUCUUCUAGCAGAGCCUUCAUGGAUGAUAUCUGUCACACAUGCAGCAGCUGCAGUUUGGAAGGCAGUGGUGAACGGAGCCAUGCAUUAUAUCUAGAAGACACAAGGAUGAGAGAGCCACCUGAUCUUGCCAUUGAUAAACUUUAAGAUUUACUCUGGUGUACUCUUGAUCUGGAAACGGAAAGGCUCAAAUAAUGACGUAAUUUUUUCAGAUUGGAAUUUUACAUGGCCAUGAAAAUAAUUCCUUUUUAUUCAGAAGACUGAAAUAGAGGAAGCAUGAGAGACACCUUUCUUUAAAAAGCAGCUCUCUGUAUCUGUUUCACUUAAAAGAUUUGUGGGAUUGAAAAUCACCUUAAUGAAGCAGGCAGACUUUUUAUUUUUUAGUAGUCUGGGAGAUCCAGAAAUCGUAAUGAAACUGUCUUUUGUUGCCUGACACUGAAAGGAACUAGGAAAUAUAAAGGGUGAACUUCUUAAUUACUCCCAAAUUACUUUUAAUAUUAGGAUGCACUUUUUAAACUUUUUCUAGUCUUGGGCCUUAUUCUUAUUUGUCAAAUCAACAAAGAUUCCAGCAUAGGAGUAGAGACGUCUUUGAGUUCAGUCUUCUAAAGUAGUAAAUACCUGUUAAACUUGAGGUAUCGUUCUGCAUUGCAGGCGUUCUAAAGUUGAAUGAUAACUGAAAAAAAAGAGGUAUUUUAUAGAGCAAAAACAAUUAGUAGUAGUAGGAUAAGCCUCUAUGUGUGAAUAAGUGUUGCAAGAUAGUUAUCCAAACUAUCGAUAAAUUGAUGGCAGUAGUGAUCAAAAUGCUUUAUUUCUCUUUUUGGUAUCUAUUUAACUGGUCAGUCGAAAGCUGUUAAAGAAGUUUUUAAAAGUUAUGCAAUGCUGCCAGUUUGUUUUAUUUGGUAUAAAUUUUAAGAAUAGAAAUUCUAGAGAUAAUAAUAUGGAAGCAUUUAAAUGGCUUAGGAAUCUUAAAGGUUUUGGAAACCCACAUUGGCUAGAUUAUAACCUGGCCUUUAGUCUUCUCGGCUAUUUGUGAGGCCUUGUUUUCCCCUCAUUUAUUAUAAAUAAACUUUUGUAUGUACAGUACUUAAAAGUAAAUUUAAAAGAUCAGUUUGAACUAAAAUUUCCCUAGAGAGCUCUGAAUUCCCAUAAACAAUUACAGCUUUUUACUCUUGAUUUGUUUCUGUUAAAAGUUAGUACGAUAGUUGUUACAAACACACAUAAAUUAAAAAACAACUACUCACUCAACAUUUUAGAAAGAACUCAGGGAACUGAAAGUGAGAUUUGCUUGGAAAUUUAGUUGAACUCUUUGAACCACAGUACAAACGAGUUUAUGGCCUGUGAGGUUAUUAUUAGCCUUCUGUUUCAGUUUUGAAGAAGCGAUUUAAACUCUUAAUCCCAUUAAUCUCAUGCUUUGAUUAAAUUUUAGCUUUGUUCCUUAAAGUGUGCAAAAGAAAUGAAGUGCAUUUCUAUUCAUCUCAUGCCACUAAAAGCUAUUUAAAAGUGAAACUUUAUGUAUAUUAAUGUGAACUGAUGUGUUUAAACUUUUAUUUUGAUACAUUUUCCUUUCAGAUUUUUAAAUAUUUCGUGUCACAAUAUGCAAUCCUAUAUUUUUCAGUGUUUAUUUUACGGAUAUUACUAUAAGCUAAUUUUUUUCUAGAAUGACUAAUUGUGUAAUAUUUGUAUUAUGUGAUCAUUUGAAAAACUAAUAAAUAUUUUCUCCGUAAAAAAAUGCACUUACUGAUAAAUGGCUUAUUUUUCUUUCAGGAGUAGAAAAUGGAAACUACAACAGUAUUUUUAAGUGUAUUUUAAUUUUAUGUGUCUUCCUCUAAGUAUUUCUGAAUAUAUAUCCUAUCCUUGUAUAUGUUAAACUCUUUUGAGAAAAAAAAUUAUUUUAAACUAUUGAAUUAAAAUGAUUCUCAUUGGGUCACCCAGUGCCAAAUGUAGGAAAUAGGUGAUCUAUUUAGUCUAUUUUUGCAUUUUCCUGAUUAGCUUCAUCUUAGCUUUGUUUCCAGAAUUGGAUUGUUUUAGAUGCCGUUUUUGUAUGCCAGUUUUGCAAACCAUUAAAACUCUUGAGCUAAUAUCAUAAAUAUCAGGAGUAAUAUGGUCACAUCUUUUAAAGUGAGAUCUUGAUAAACAAAGACCCUCACAAAAUAGCAUACAAGAGACAGUUCCUCUAUUCAGAAAAAGAAUAUUUGAAAAUAAUGGCUGAUUGGAGAGCUACCCAAUUUGUGGGUGCUGUUAAUAGGAGAAGAAAAUGUUUUAUAUUUUCAUGUUCUCCUUGAACAACUAAUUGUAGGAGGGGAAAUCUUAGAGUCUCUUGCUUUUAACCUUAUCAAAACAACAUGGAAAAGGAUAAAAUUGGGUUUUAAUGAUUCUUGUCUUUAUAUCUACAUAAACCUAAUCAAAGCCACUGGAACAAUUUACCUUUGCUAUGCAGAGUCUGCUAGAAGCAAGAGGAGAUUUCCCUUUUGAUUUGAAGAAAACUCAUAAGAAUGGACUCCUAAAAUUAAAAAUGAACAUUAUGAUAGGGUCCUAAGCAAGAAAUAAAAGUUUGAUUAAUGACAAUUUGCGGAUUAAAAUGAAAGAAUUUGGCUCCCUGAAGAAGUUAUACUCUGAAAAAUGAGAAUUAUAAAAGGAAAUUAUGAUUUAGAAUAGCUACUGUAUUUGUGGGGGGUGGUGGCGGGAAAGGAGCUAAAAUUCUUGGCUUUAUUAGUCUGGUAAGUUUGGGAAAGAUAAGUAAAGAUUGUGUGGAUAAAAUUUUGUUUUUAGAUUUAAAGCUAUUAAAAGGUUUGUUUACAGACAUAAUGUAUUUCUAUGGAAGAUGGAAGGCUGUAUUUUCCUUGAAUACAAAAAAAUUUAUAAGUCUUAACUGUAUGUGUAUAGAAGGGUAGGGUUGGGUUAAAUAAAAAUCUUGCACUGGAAAUUUCAAACAUAUUGUAAAAAUAAUGGUGAAAUGAGAGUUUUAAAUAAUUUUCAUUACAGGGACUUUUCCCUACACUGUCAAUAGCUUCAAAAUAAAAACAUCACAGAAUGUUGAACAUGGCUUUAUCUCCGAGGUGUAAGAACGUAGGCUUAUUGUUUCACCAUGAUUCAUGGGAUUAGCUAUAGGAAAAAGUUUUGUUUUGUUCUUUAGUGAGGAAACAGUUUUUUUUUUUUUAACAUAGCUUCUGUUUUAAAAAAGGUAAAGGUAACAUAAGCAGUGUGCCUGCAAAGUACUGACCUUGUAGCUUAUUGUUAAAUAUGUGCACAGAUCUUACUGUAUUUUGCUGUAUUGAAACAAUUGAGCAAAAUGUCAGUGCCUAGAUGUCCUAAGCGAUUUCUUGAUUUUUUAAAAUUCAGGUAUUUUUAUUUCCCAUUUAAAAAAAUUCACAGUAACGUAGUCCUGAAAUGUGAAAGAUUUGUGUUUCCAAAAUAAGCACAUAGGUGCUCUUUAAAGUUUUUUCCCACUAAAUGUACAUCUAAGGUAAUUAGAUCACUGCAGUAAAAAAAACACUAGGGAACUAUGAAGGGUGCAUCGGAGUUUUCAGGAAUUACGAUCAAAGGGAUCUCUACUCAAGAGGUAAGGUAUGGCAUAGGUAGAAAAAAUGUUCAAAAUGUGUUCCGUGCAAUGUCUGAUGAUAAAGUAAACUACAACAGAUAUCCUUUGAUUUUCAGACAGAUGUAGAGUUAGGAAAAUAAUUUUUCUUAAAAAUCUCUCUCAGAGAAGAGCAAUGGAUAAACCACAGAUUUGUUUUUGCAUGACUUUGGAGUGCAUUUAGAAACAAGUAUCUGCAGACAUUGUACCCUUUUGGUACCUGGCCUGAAUAUAUCCCGUGGCAUCUCCUACCCUUACUCUCGUAAUGUUUAUGAUCCAUAUUUAAUUUAGUAUUUCUUAAGCCCUGAGAACUGUUAAAAUAUUGUACUUCGAAUGGAAAGUUGAGUACAGAUUCCUUGAGGUUAUUGCCUGGCUUCGUGUUUGCUGUGUCUGCCUGUUUUUGUUCAAUGAAACCUAGAAUUUAGAAAACAGUAGCUGUACUGAGUAAUUUUAACUUCGGUUUGAGAAAUUCGAGUUUUAUAAACUUACACUGUAAUUCGGGAAUCUGUUAUAUUAAGGAUUAAGAAAUAAUAUGUUGGCUAGUAUAUAAAGUUGUUCAGACAAGAAAGUUAUACUGUUGUUCUGUAAGGUAUAUUAAGUAGGUUCAAAGAAUCAAGUGUUAGCAUAAUAUGUAGUAUAUCUAGAAACAAAGGAAAAUGCAGUAUUCGGUACAGGUGAGCUAAAAAAAUGAUUUAGGAUUUUUUUCUAGAAUUACACUACUAGUAUAAUUUACUCAAUAGAUGGCAGUAUAGAAAACAGAGUAACCUUCCAUCCUAUCUUUUUGAUUCUUUUUAUAAGGACAUCAGCUCGUGGACAUUUGGCUUUUAUUUAAAAUAGUUUGCUGUCUGUCCUGCAUUUGCCUUUAUGCAGAGCAAAUGAUCAUAUUGCUAUGAUCUAGAGACAGCACUCACUACAGCGGUGAGGUAGCCGAUUCCAUGUUCAGGGAUGCUCUGAUGGUAAGAAGUUGACCCAGAAUAUGCUUCCAUGUCAUUUUUUAUUUGAAAAUUACCUUAGAAAUUAGCUAGAUUAGCAUCCUUAUCUGUAAAAGAAAAUAUGUAAAAUUUUACGUACAAGAUAAUUGAUAUCUGGGAACAAUACAUGUAAUUCUAAUAUCACAUAGUUUAUUAAAGGUCUGCUGUAGGAUUCAAGUCUCUUGACUCCAGGCUCAGAGAUCUGUACUUAACUGUACUUUAUUGCCUCAUCACGUUAGUCCUAGUUCUGGGCAACGUGGAGUAUGACCUCAUCAUGUUAGUCCUAGUUCUGGGCAACGUAGCGCGAGUCUGAUGCCCUUCAAAUAUGAUAGCCUUCAGGUAUCUUAAGAUGGCUGUUAUACUCCAUCAAUUCCAAGCGCAAGUUUCCCGCCCCCCCAACAGA